CGUGGUCAGAGGGAGUGGGUCCGCGUUGUAGGGGGCGUGGUCACAGGGAGUGUAAAUAUCAGUUUGUUAGAGUUGCGCGAGCUCGUUUGAUGUCGGAGGUCGAUCGCACGUCAGUGCGGCUUUUUUACUUGUCUAAGGAUCCCUGGCAUUUCGUUUGAUUGAUGUGGGAUCUUUGGCGCACUGGACUGUAGCUUCACCCGGAUCUCCGCGUUUGUUGUGAUUGUGUGUGUGUUUAUCUUCGUGUGUGCUGUGAUGACGUCGAGCUGUGAUGAUGGACACACUCGUCACCCAUUCAUUCAUUCCGUGGAUCUUACAGCGGCUCUGAGGAUUCGGGGAAUUCUGCUGGGGUGGAUUCUGUUUCCCAUCCGCACCAUGCUCACCACCCUCUUCUUCCUGCUGAUGUGGCCCAUAGCUCGACUGCGAUUGGCCGGUCUCUCGGAGGCGGAGCGGGCGGUGCCGGUGCGGGGCUGGCGUCGGUGGUUCUUUCAUCCCAUCAUGGUGUUCCUCAGCCGGGCCGCCUUCUUCUGCGUGGGAUUCCUGUGGAUUAAAGUGAAGGGACGUCAGGCGGAUCUGAAGGAUGCUCCGGUGUUGGCCGUGGCUCCUCACAGCACUUUUCUGGACAUGUUUGUGCUGCCCGUCACCGGCCUGCCCACCGUAGUGUCCCGCUCAGAGAACGCCCGAUUACCUGUGAUAGGAGCAUUGUUGGAGUUUAAUCAGUCAGUCCUGGUGAGCAGAAAAGAUCCUGAAUCCAGAAAGAAAUGUGUUUCACAGAUCCGUGAGAGAAUCACGUCUGACGGCCGCUGGCCUCAGAUGUUGAUGUUUCCAGAGGGAACGACGACUAACGGUCGAGUGCUGAUCAAAUUCAAGCCAGGUGCGUUUCUGGCUGGAGUUCCAGUUCAGCCCGUGUUACUGCACUAUCCUAAUAACUCUGACACGGUUCGUUGGACUUGGAAGGGAACGACUUGGUUUGAAGCUCUGUGGCACACUAUGUCUCAGCUCUACACCAGCGUCACUGUGGAAUUUCUGCCCGUCUACACACCAUCAGAAGAAGAGAAAGAGAACCCGGAUUUAUAUGCCGAGAAUGUACAGAAGCUCAUGGCAAAGUAAGUCAACGCAUUCUGGGAUUCAUUUCUUACUGGAUUGAUCGUUUUACUGGUGACUUUUUUUUCUUUUACGACAAGAAAUGUCUCAUAUUUGAGUGGUUUUCGCCGAUUUUAAUGCUCGUUUUGUCUUGUUUUGCUC